UCUCAGUCUUUGUCACAAAGCCAAAUCAACACACUAAGCACUCAAUUACCUUCGUCCUUCCAUGCGUCCACCCUCGCCAUCAAUUCCGGAGAAAAAGUUUAUUUAUGAUACUCUGAAGCAGUCUCUGCGACUAGACGCACCGUCAUUAACUUUUGGCCCUGAACUGGGCUGGGUAGAAUGCGCCAUGGGCAAAACACGUGUAAUCGCACAGUUAGACGCCAAAAUGGUCAAACCGCUGCCAGAACGACCCUUCGAAGGCAUCAUUACAAUACACUCUGAAAUCUCCCCUAUGGCGUCCCCAGACUAUGAACCUGGUCGGCCUUCGGAAGAAGAGGUCACUCUUACCCGCAUGUUGGACAAGGUCCUCCGAAGAAGUGACGCCAUUGACAAGGAAUCUCUGUGCAUAUUAGCAGGUCAACGUGUCUGGCAGUUGCGAUUGACAGUUCAUGUCCUCGCUGAUGCUGGUAACAUUCUCGACUGUUCAUGUCUCGCUGGCAUCGUAGCCUUUAAGCACUUCAGAAAACCUGAAGUUGAAGUCAUCGGGGACGAAGUCAUCGUCCACUCACCCUCCGAACGCGCACCUAUCUCACUUGCAAUACAUCACACACCGUUCUGUUUGACAUUUGCAUUCUUUCCGGAUGCAUUAACGCGACCAGUGGUGGACCCAUCCUUGCUUGAACAGAGACUGAGUGCAGGUUUGAUGAGCAUAGCGAUGAAUGCUCAGCGCGAAAUAUGUGUCCUACAUAAAGCAGGGGGAGUUCCGACAGCGCCAGAAGAAGUCCAACGACUAAUUAACGUAGCGUGCAUUCUGGUCAAAGAUCUGGAUAAGCUUGUCGACGCUAGGUUGCGGGAAGACUGGGAGGGUAGAAAAGUUGAAGUGAGAUAGAUCUCGUUGUGAGAGACAAGUUUGUCGCAGUACCUGGUAUAUAAUGUAAACCUCUCACUCAAGGUGGCUUGCCACUGACUCGGGGAAAGCAUAAGGAACGACC